CGUGACAGAUAAUAAUAAUAGAAAUCACACUAAAACGUGUCAGCUGACUCUGUCUCACAAUGCAGCACGACAUAUUAUAACCACUGAUACUAUAUACAACUUGAUUUUAUUCCAGACAGAUAACAUUAGAAUAUUAUUUUGAAAGGUCCAAGCGGAAGUGGUUUUGGUCGUAGUCCAGUCUUGGCACUGACCGGGAAUGAAACAUCUCUCUCCAUCACGGUGACUGAAGAUGGACCCACCAGAAGCCCUGUCCGGUCAGGUAGGCGGUGUGGAUCAGCAUGCUACACCGACCCCGGUGGACGUCGACACCGCGGUGCUGCUGCUGGGAGCGGGAGUGACCGCCGCCACACACCCGCUGCUCUACGUCAAGCUGCUGAUACAGGUGGGUCACGAGCCUCUUCCCCCAUCUGUGGGCACGACUAUGUUUGGACGAAGAGUCCUAUACCUGCCUGGCUUCUUCUCCUAUGCACGGUACAUUGUGAAAGUGGAUGGAAAGCGAGGACUCUUUCGUGGCCUCUCGCCUCGUAUCGUGUCCAGCGCCGUCUCCACUGUAGUGAGGAGCAAAGUCAAACAGCAGGUGGAGUUUCUGUUCAAGAGAGACGGGAUGCAGACUUCACUCAGGAAAGUGGUCCAAGAGACCUCACAUGAGAUGAUCAUCCAGUGUCUGUCCAGAGUAGCCACUCAUCCUUUUCAUGUCAUGUCAGUGCGGUGUAUGGCCCAGUUUGUUGGCAGAGAGGUCACAUACAGUGGGAUGUUCAGUUGUAUUGUGAAAAUUUUUAAAGAAGAAGGAUUUGCUGGGUUCUAUUCUGGUCUCAUACCUCAUGUGGUAGGAGAGGUCCUCUUCCUGUGGUGUUGUAAUCUCUUGGCUCACUUUAUUAACACCUACGCUGUAGACGAAAGUUUCAGUCAGGCCUCAGCUGUGAGGAGCUACACUAAGUUUGUGAUGGGCAUUGCAGUGAGCGUUCUAACGUAUCCGUUCAUGCUGGUGGCUGAUCUCAUGGCAGUCAACAACUGUGGCCUGGCUGCAGGUCUUCCUCCUCACUCUCCAGUCUUUAAGUCGUGGCUUCACUGCUGGAAUCACCUGAGCCACAAGGGUCACCUCUUCAGAGGAUCCAGCUUCUUUUUCCGCCGGGUGCCUGUGACGUCCCUGCCCUCCAUCGAGGAUUGACAUCAUCAUCUUCAUCGUCAGCAGCAGCAGCAGCCCGUGCUGGGAUGUUUUCCUCUUCCUGCUCCUGAACAUUUUCCAUCCCGCCUGCCUGUCAGUGUUUCUGCUGCCUUCACUCACAUAUAGAGACCCGCUUCAUGGAACACCAGUGAACUUUUUGGUUCUGAUCAGAGAGGUCAGGACGGAGGUGGGUCUCUUCAGAACCUGAUGGAUACCUUCAGCAGUUUGAAUCAGUUCACAAACUGUGCUGCAGUGACCAAAUGUCGUUAAAUACGUUACAGCUCUGAUUUCAUUGUUUCUUCUCCAUAGCAACAGCUGCUGAGGCUCAUGGGUACUUAAGUAAUUGCUGCUGUCACAGAGAGAAUCAUGCUGAUCAUUUCCAUCUGAUGCUCAUAACACACACACUCCUACAGUGUCAUUGUUCUGUGUCUGUGUGUAGGGUACUUAAAGGUCCGGUGUGUCAGAUUUAGGAGGCUUUGUUUACAGAACAUAAUAUUGAUAACAAUGUUUUCAUUAGUGUUUAAUCACCUGGAAUUAAGAAUAGUUCUGCUUUUGUUACUUUAGAAUGAGACUUUUAUAUCUACAGACGCUGUGGCUCCUCCAUGUUUACAGUACAGUAGCCCAGAAGGGACAAACUAAGCACCGGAUCUAUGUAUGCCUGUUUUGUAGCCACCAUAGUCUGUCCUUCAUGCUGGGAGGCAGAGGGUAAGGCGAGGGGGUUGGCACCACUAAAUCCUACAGACUGCUCCUUUUAAAGCACGUCACCAACCAUUCACUACAGAUCACCUGGACUUAAUGACACCUAACCAGAACAUGGAUGAUCUUUUAGGUUUAGUGAACAUCAAGUCUGCACUUGGGUAAGAUUUCUAGACCUGCUCUAUAUGGAAAGUUUCCUGACAUAACUUCCCAUUAUCACUCUGUUUUCUCUGUAAAGUUCCAUUGACAAACAUUCAUGCUGGCUUGAUGUUCAUUGUUACAAAACUUAACGACCCCCUGGAAUCAUAGAAAAACACACAGGUGAUUUGUAGUCGUGGAGCUAAAAUGUGCAUGUAAUAAUACACUGUGUUUGAAGUGACACUGCAACUUUUGCUUAGUAGCGGCCACAGAUCACAGAGAACUACAGGACCACAAAACAUUUUUGAGAUUGUGCGAUAAAGACUUUAAAAAUAGGUGAUCUAUGUAAGAGAAUGUGAAAUGUGUCCAGCUGCUGAUCCCAGAUCUGCAGGGCUGAUGAAAGAGUGAAGCAGGUUUACUGCUGAGGACUGUCUUCAAACACUAUAAAUGUGUGUAACAUGGAGAAAUCGAGUUCAGUUAAAGUCCUACUGGACAAACAAGUUUGUCUUCAUAACUUCAUGAGGACGUCUGUAACCAUCACUUUACCAUCAUGUAGCAUUAAUCAGCUGAUGUGCUGUUGAUGUUAACAUUACUUAAAGUCCUGAGAGGAGAAACUCUGUAAACAGAUCUGGUUUCAAACAGAAAUGAAGCGACGCCCCUCCUGAUGCAAACUCAUCUCUUGUAAGGUUCAGCUUGGUCCCUUCCUGUUUGACUUUUGUCUAUCUGUGAUGGGAAGUGAAGUGGAACCGUAGCACAAUUCAAGUCAAAAAGUGGCAGUGGGUUCCCCAACCUGCAGCUUCACCCACUGCUCUAAUAAACACAAAACUAAUAUUAAAAUAAGAUCCCUGAAGUCCAGCAGCAGUGUGCAUGUAGUGCUGCUCCAUGUUUGGGCGAGUGAGUCUUACACAUCAGGACGGGCUGCUUUAAAUAAGAUUAGGACAUAAAUGAGGAGUACACCACUACAUGAUACCUAAUCCUCCACUCAGCCCAUUAUUAGCAGCACUGACCCUGUCAUCCACACCACUGAGCGGCCUCCAUUAACCAGUAAUGUUGUUUGUCAUAAGAAGCCUGUUU